AUGUUGACAGACAAAAGGGCGGCUCUCCUGCUGGUGACCGCGAUCACCGCCCUCAAAUUGGAGGAAGUGAAUGCCUAUAGGCGCAACUUUGAUGCGCGACAAAGCAGCAGUAACUCCAAUAUUCCACUCUGGAAACAGCGAGCGUGUGAGAAAUCGCAGAAACAGCGGCAAAAUGCUCACUACGUUUGCGAUGAAAAGGGCGACUUCAAGUGUCUUCCCGGGUGGCAGGGUGAUCUUUGCCAGGUGCCCAUGUGUCGCAGGAGCUGUGACCCCAUGAAUGGUUACUGCCAGCGACCCGGCGAGUGCAGGUGUCGCAUCGGCUACAGCGGCGAACUCUGCGACAAGUGCAUCCCGCUUCCGGGCUGCCAGCAUGGUGGCUGCACCAAGCCCUUCGAGUGCAUCUGCAAGCCCGGCUGGGCGGGACUCUUCUGCACGGAACCAAGUUGCCGCAGCGGAUGCCACAGCACCCGUGGAUAUUGCGAGGCGCCCGGGGAGUGCCGCUGCCGGAUUGGCUACGCCGGACGCACUUGCUCCGAGUGCGCCACAAUGCCGGGCUGCCAGCACGGCACCUGCAACAAGCCGCUGGAGUGCCUCUGCCAGCCCGGCUACACCGGACUCCUCUGCCAGACGCCCAUCUGUGACCCGGAUUGCAGCAAGCAGCACGGAUACUGCCGCAAACCUGGCGAGUGCCGCUGCAAAGUGGGCUGGACGGGCAGCCAGUGCGACAAGUGCUUCCCGUAUCCGGGAUGUGCCAACGGGGAUUGCGAGGCGCCGUGGGAGUGCAACUGCCAUCCCGGCUGGGGCGGAAUGCUGUGCGAUGAGAAGCUCACCUACUGCGUGGAGCAUCCGGACACGUGCGAGAACGGGGGCAAGUGCACAUCGCUGAGCCGCGAGGAUGGCAGCUACCAGUGCCAGUGCCGGCAGGGAUUUCUGGGCAAGAACUGCGAGAUACGCGAUGACUUUCUGCUGACCUCAGAGGCGCCGCCGCCGCGAAUCACACCGCCCACACCCGCCGCACUCGAACUGGCACUAGAUGGACCUGAACUGGACCAGAACGGGCAGCAGGACGGGGAGCAGGACGUCAUCGCUGCAGGUGCAGGUACAGGUGUGCCCGAUGACAGCGCGCCAGGAGGCAGUCUGGUUGGGGGCAAGUUACCGGCGGGUAACGAGCCGGAGCGCCGGAAAAAUGACACCGCAACCGCAGGAGCUGCAGCUGGAGUGGGAGGGGGAUCCAUGAAUCAACUACCCGGCAGCGCGAACGCCACAAGGACGACAAUGGCGGUGGCAACGGGAGCUGUCAGCCACAAUGCGACUAAUGAAGCGUUAAGCGACGUUACAACGAGGCGUGCCACCCCGUCACCCCCCGCAUCCGGCGAAAAAGCCGGAAAGGGUAAUGCAACAAGUGUGGCGGCGGCGACUGGACCUCAGCCACGCCCCCCGCCAUCCUCGUCCUCGUCCUUGUCCAUCGGCAACAGCCAGGAGCAAACAAUAGCAAACUUGGCGCCAGCUGCAACAGGAACAGGGGCAACAACAGCAGCCACAUCCGUGAGCAGCCACAAGGAUAAGCCAAAUGCGGGGGACGAGGAGGAGGAGGAGGAGGAUGACGAGGAUGAUGAGGAGGAUGAGGAGGGCGAGUACGACGAGGAGGAGGACGAGGACGAGGACGAUGAGGAGGAUGACAGCGAUCAACUCAUACCAAAUAUUAUAUAG